AUGUACGCAUCCAUAUUCUUCGGCAUAAACAGUAGCUCAUCGGUUAUACCAUUCGUUUCGAUCCAGAGAUCAGUUAUGUACCGGGAAAUGUUUGCAGGAAUGUACACUCUGUGGGCAUACUCAUUUGCACAGGUCAUAGUUGAGAUCCCAUACAUGCUUACUUCGGCGCUUCUAUACGUGAUCAUCACAUAUCCAAUGAUCGGUUACUACUGGUCAGCCAAUAAAGUAUUAUGGUCAUUUUACACAAUAUGGUGUUCAGAGCUAUGCUUCACCCACUUAGGAAUGAUAACAGUGUCAGUAACACCCAACGUUCAAGUGGCUUUCAUUUUGGGCUCAUUUGCUACCUCCACCAUGAAUUUGUUCUCUGGGUAUUACCUGCCAGUACCAAAAAUGCCGAGUUGGUGGGUCUGGCUAUGCUACUUUUCCCCCACGUCUUGGUUGCUGAAUGCCAUAUUCGUGUCGCAGUAUGAAGAUAUCGAUAAAGAAAUACAGGCUUUCGGAGAAACCAUGACGGUUUCUGCUUUCAUAGAAGAUUAUUUUGGUUAUCAUCAUAAGUAUCUAGGUCCGCUUGCCUUUGUUCUCAUCAUCUUCCCCGUUGCAUUGGCUUCUCUUUUCACCUUUUUUACUGGAAAAUUGAACUUCCAAAGGAGGUAG